UCAUUUUAUGACAAGAAAUUGUUAAAUAUACGCUGUAAUAAAUUAAUGUUACCCAAGAAAAUUGUAAAUUGGGAUGAUAUAUGGUCGUGAGAUGGCAGCAUUAUCGAAGUAGUGUAGCAUAGUGGUUAAAGCAAAAUUUAAAAAAAACUUUCUUCAUAUAUGGAUAUAUAUUAAAUAAAAUAUGGGAGAUUCGUUGAAGGAGUCAACCGAUAAUUUAAAAAAUAAUCCCAUUGUUUUUUUGGAUAUAGCAAUUGAAACAGAAAAAGUUGGAAGAAUUGUGAUAGAACUUUUUAAAGAUGUUGUACCUCGAACAUCAGAGAAUUUUCGUGCAUUAUGUACUGGAGAAAAGGGCAUUGGAAUCAAUGGUAAAAAAUUACAUUAUAAGGGAUCAAUAUUUCAUAAAGUGUUGCCACAGUUUAUGAUCCAAGGUGGAGAUAUAAUAAAUUUUGAUGGAACAAGUGGAGAAAGCAUAUAUGGUCCACAAUUUGAGGAUGAAAAUUUUAAACUUUCUCAUUCUUCAGGAGGGCUCCUGAGCAUGGUUAAUGAAGGUUAUCCAAACAGCAACAGUUCCCAGUUCAUUAUUACCAUUUCAGCUAGUACUCAUUUAGAUGGCACGAAUGUAGUAUUUGGUAAAGUUUUGAAAGGAAUGGGUGUAAUAUUGGAAGUUUCUCAAGUAGAAACAAUAAAAGAUACACCAGUUGAGAAAGUACAUAUAAUUGACUGUGGUGAAUUAAAACAAGGUCAAAAUUGGGGAAUGGAAGAGAGUGAUGGAACAGAAGAUACUUUUACUCCAUGGCCUGAAGACUGGAGUUAUUGUACAGAUCACAAGGGACUUGACUACAAGUAUAUAAUUGGGGUUAUUAUGAAGAUAAAAGAUUCGGGAAAUCAUUAUUUUUUAAAAAAACAUUAUGUAGAUGCAGGCAGGAAAUAUAAAAAAGCAUUACGGUACUACAAGUGGAUGAUGAAGACGGUGGAUGUGCCAGAUCAUUCUGAUACACUAAUAAUGAAUACUAAAGUGGCAAUUUUGCUUAAUCUUGCUGCUGUUAAAUUGAAAGAAAAAAACUACCGUGAUGUUUUAAAAUUAUGUACAGAGGUUUUACAAUUAAACAAGAACAAUAGUAAAGCAUUAUUUCGUAGAAGUCAAGCAUAUAUGGGUUUAAAUGAAUAUGAUUUGGGCUUAGCAGAUUUAAAGCAAGCAUUGUUGGAAUCUCCUAAUAACAAGGAUAUUUUACAAGAAAUGGACAAGGUAAAAACAGUAAUGAAAAAAUAUUUAGCUAUUGAAAGAGCUUCUUGUCAAAGAAUGUUUAAGUAAAAAUAAAAUAUUUUAUAGUAAUGUUUGUAAAUAUAA